UUGUGCUGUGCACGUCGCUACUUCGGACUCAAUUUGCGAGCUUACGGCGUACGCACCGAAACUCUAUUGUGAAAUAAAAAAUAAUAGUAUGUGUUAAGUGUUUGGCCUGCCAGCAAUAUGAAGGGUAGACACCAAUUUCGUCGUAGAUUCAGUUUGCAACCGUCCUUUUUGAAAGAGGAACACGAAGAAGAAAGAAAACCUCACAGGACUGAGAAGACAGAAGAUACAGUAUCGAGCAGUGGAAAUCUGUCUAGUAAUGCGGUGCGACACAAAAUUGUGGUAUUAGGAGCAGCAAAAGUUGGGAAAUCCUCUCUUAUAACUCAAUUCUUGUAUGGUACAUUUUCUACAAAGUAUAAAAGAACCAUAGAGGAAAUGCAUCAUGGAGAUUUCAACGUUUCCGGUGUGAGACUAACCCUGGAUAUUCUGGAUACUUCUGGAGCCUACGAGUUUCCAGCGAUGCGAGCACUGUCUAUGCAGUCAGCUGAUGCAUUUAUUUUAGUAUACGAUAUUACGGAUGCGGACAGCUUCACAGAAGUAAGAGUUUUAAGGGAUCAGAUCCAUGAAACCAAAGAAAGCACAGCUGUACCUAUUGUUGUCGUUGGCAAUAAGGUGGACUUAGCAGAAACAGGAGAUAGACAGGUUGAAUUUCACACGACGGAAUCGGUUGUGACAGUAGAUUGGGAGAAUGGAUUUGUAGAGGCAUCAGCGAAAGAUAACGUCAAUGUAUCUCAGAUUUUCAAAGAAUUGUUGGUACAAGCCAAAGUGAAAUACAAUCUGUCACCUGCACUAAGACGUCGACGUCGACAAUCUCUGCCUACUGGGCCUCAAGGUCCACCGGGGUCCAGUCCAACACCAUCACCAGCUACCCAACCCCAUGUACCCUCGCCCGCUCAAUUAGCGCAUCUCCAACAAAUCAGGGAAAGGCACAACAGCAAACGUAAUUCAUGUGUCAUCUCUUAAACAAAAUACAAAUUGUAUUUCAUUAUGAUUGACAACAUUGGAUAGCCGUUUUGUAUCUUGAAUACAUUCUACUUUUUAAUAUGGCUUAAGUCUAACCAUUUUUAGGUUAAUCCUACAACAUCAAAAUAAUUUAUAAAAUCAUCCUGUCAUACUGUUUAACAUUACACUGUUUAAAUUAAUAUAGUGAUUUUGCUACUUUGCAUCGAUAAUUAAUUAAAAUACCUUCAUGACUAAUUGCAAAACUUUGAUUCAUAAUUUAUAAUGAAAUAAUAAUAACGCAAAUUCAUAACUAUUAACAUGUACGCGAAGCUUUUCCAAAGGUUAUUUAGGAAAUUUUCUGCGAAGUCAUUAUCUGUUACUUCAAUAAAAUGAACUAUAACUUAAGUAAUAAGUAAGUAUAGUUUUAUAUUAUUAAUCUCAGUCUUAAAGUGUAAUUAAUGCCAAAUAAUUUUGACAGUUCGUCAUUAU